AUGGCCCUAUUAGCGUUAUCGGAACUCCCCUCGGAUGGUUGGAAACUUCUCAUCGGGCUCUUCGCCCUCUUCUCAGCAGCCAUACUCUCACGAUCGCUUGGCGCGCUGCGACCGCGAAAAGGAGCCCUCUUCAAUAAGACAUCCUCUACAACACAAUCUGAAAAGUCCAAACAAGCUUCAGAAACAUGGCAGAUGCCGAUUCCCAGUCCCUACCCGGACUGGUCAGUAGAAACAACAAAGCCUCUGCCCUAUCGCGCAUUUCGUUACGGCCCCAAAUAUAACGUCACCAUGGGCCUUCGUUCAGUCCAGCCUGAGGACUGGAUUGAGCUGGACAACCACUAUCCUCGAUACCAUGCCGACAAGACUGCUCGAAUCGCUGAACGGGGCGAGAAGUGCUUCGGAACAGACCCGGAGGCCUAUCCUGCAGCCAUGGAGCUUCUAGAAGAAUUGUGCCAGUAUCUUCCCGCUCGCUAUCCUACGAUGUUCAAACGAACCGCUGUCGGCAUCGACAAUCUCUGGUCGGGGGAAUCAUUCAACAUCGUCGAAACACCUCUCAAGGAAGACCCAGCCGCCAUUGCCGCUAGGCUCGUGCAAGACGACCUCGCCAUCAUGAUCGAACGGCCCGACGGCAAGUACUAUUUGCUCAGCGGUUCCAUCCUGCUGGCCGGCUUCUGGAGAUUGAGCGACAAGUUUGGCAUGUCCCUCGAGGAGAUCCACACGUCUGGCGAGGUCCCCCACUACAAGGAGAAGCUGCACAACGGCAUGGCCAGCUUCUUCAAGCGCCUGCGCUGCGACCAGAUUUACUCCCGCAACAAUUACUUCAUCCAGGUCGAUGACUCUUUGCCCUGGAGCUGGAGCAUUGGCGAAGAAGACAGCCCAGUUGUCAGUUGGAGUACGGCUGAGAAAGAUAGAGCGGUUGAGCAUCACUAUUUUCGUUCCGAGAGGCAAUCGCUGCGCCGUCUUCCCAAGAGCAAGGCUAUUGUCUUCACGAUAAGAACGUACUUUCAUCCAGUCACUGAGCUGGCUGCGGAGGACUACGUGCCUGGAAGACUCGCUAGUGCUAUUCGUAGCUGGGAUGAUACAGUUGCAAACUACAAGGGGCGUGAAAUGUAUGAGAAGGUACUGCUAGAGUACCUCGAUAAUGAACAUCAGAAACAGCUGGACAGAGAUCUGGACUUGAGCAAAGAAGACGAAGUCCGGAGGUAUCCCUGUGAGAAGGUUAGUAGAGGCGCUGCAUCUAGGCGCACACGGGCCUGGAGCUGGGCCCUGGGCAACGCUAGUGGUGAUGUCCGGCCACUGCAGCCGCCGAUGGCCACCCGCUGA